GCCUUCCUAAAAGUCUGCUGAUUCCUUGAAGCAUUGUCGUUGCUAUUCAAAAGGCCAAGGGGUUGGAAAUACAGCGGCGUCAUUCACUCGACCGUGAAAUGACCUCACUCUCAACUAACGCGCGCACGAGACGGUUGUAGCUUGCCAAUUUGUCAUAGUACCUAACCUUAAUUGCAAUAAACCAUUUCAACCUUCUCCAAGUUUUUCUUUACCAUAAGAAAAGUGGCGACCGUGGACAGGACGAGUCAAAUUCCCUGGACUAAAAUAACUCAAGAGGAUCUUCGGCCACCGGCAUCGCAGCGCAAGCCGAUCAGCUAAGUGCCCUAGUCCUAGCCUAAUUUACCUACCUACCUAGUUCUUCUGUCUAGUAGUAAAGUAAAGUAGUUAAGUAUAGUUUUCAUUCUGUGUGCGCAAGAGUGGCAAUUCAUCUACGAGUACAAAGGAGUAUAGGUACGUACGUGCCUACCUACAAUUAUAUCCACUGGACCUCAGUUAGUGGCUAAAUCUAAUUAAAAACAAAAUACAAAUAAUAUACGGUUUAGAUUGUAGUUGCAACUAUCAAUAUAGGUACCUACAUAAGUAUCUGUAUAGAAGUUCAUUAAUACAAAACACAAAAUUAUGCAAUACAGUUCUUACUUACCUACAAGUACUACUUAAAUUAAUUAGAUUUCUAGAACUUAUAGUCAUAACUGAGAACUCACUAGCUAACAAAUAAUAGUUAAAAAAUUGCUUAUAAUAAAACUAAACUAAACUAAGUUUAUUAUAAAACUAAAAACUACCUGAGUAACUAAUAACUAUAAUAUUUACAAGAUGUUUAAUUUAAAUCUAUUAUCAAAAUAGGUUCCUUUUAAAUUUAAAGUUAAGCUUACUUCUAUCUAGACUAUUAAGUUAACGAAUUUGUUUGCGAAACACACUAUUAAGAUAACUCAAACGCACUUAUUUAGUACGAAAUACAUCACAAUUUCACGAAUUAUAUCACAAUUUCAGGUGCAGCGACAGCUGACAUUAUACCGACGACCCGGCCGGCCGAAGCGAUAAGGAACCGGUUUUUAAACAAAGGAGGAGCGUGAGCUACGUAUUGUUUUGCCUAGCUUCAAAUAGCGUAAUCGUUUUUUUUGCAAUUUUGUGAUUGAGUUUGCAUUUUAGAGUAUUUACAAUGUCUGAAGCGACUUUAAAGGAGCUGAACGUAAAACGAAGCUCAAUUAAAGGAAGAUUAACUAAAUUUCGAAAUUUUUUACAUAGUUUUGAGUCUAUAAAGUCCCCAAGUGAAGUAGAAAUGACAAAAUUAACGAUACAGUUAGGCAAAAUUGAGAGUUUAGGUAGCAUUUUUGACGAGUUGCAAAGUCAGAUUGAGGUUCUAAAUGCUUCUGAGAUGGACGAUGAGCUUGAGGAACGUGAUGCAAUUGAACUCGAGUUUGCCACCUUGGUUGCCACGGGUCAGCAGUAUCAAACAAGACAUAGUCGGGGAAACAACGUUACGGACGUUAACAGUUCUUCCUCUCAUUGUUGCCAAGAGCAAACGGGCAUAGGUUUCAAGCCUCCCACUAUACAGAUUGCAAAAUUUGAUGGUUCCUACUACAAGUGGCUCGAAUUUCGCGAUUUAUAUUGUUCUUUAGUUCACGAUAACAAACGAAUACCAACGCCCAUCAAAUUUUGCUAUCUUAAUUCGUAUGUGGAAGGUGAGGCUGCAAGAGUAAUUAGCAAUUUAGAAGUCACUGAAGCAAAUUACGAUAAGGCGUGGGAUCUAUUGCGUGAGCGGUACGACAAUAAGCGUUUACUUGUUAAGAGUCACCUGAAUGCACUGCUAAAUUUUGAAAUAAAGUCUAGCGAGACAGAUAAGGCUUUAAGACAAAUCGUUGAUACUCUAAAUAAAAAUUUACGUGCUCUAACCAGCUUAGGCGAACCAACCUCCUUUUGGGACACUAUCAUAGUUCACAUUGUUUCUUCUAAGCUUCCCAGCCAGACUAGCAUGAAGUGGGAAGAAUUUAGAAAUUCCAUUGAGGGAUCCCCUACGGUAGAACAAUUUAAUCAAUUCCUUAAAGACCGUGCCGAUGUUCUGGAAUCCUACAACCACUCGCGUACCACUAGUAAUUUGACUUCUGAUUUUAACGGCAAGAAAAGGCGAUCACAAUCCGUUAUGGCCGCCCGUGUAGUCACAGAUACUCAAGGCAAAUCUAAUGUAACGUGUGAUGCCUGUAAUGGAUCACACCGCAUAUAUGAUUGCGAAGUUUUCAAAAGCAAAUCAGUAGACCAACGACAGGCUCUAGUUAAUAGUUUGAAACUUUGCAGGAACUGUUUGCGCAGCGGGCACAGUGCAUAUUUUUGUCGAAGUGGGACUUGUCGCAAGUGUAAGGGACGACAUAACACGAUGGUGUGCAGUAAUAACCAAAAACCUGUUCCACAAACCAAUGUGGAAUCAACGUUCAGCAACUCAGCUAAGGCAUCUAACGAUCUUACAGUUAACGUUGCUAAGCAUGACAGAAAGGACUUAUUUGCCCAUGCACUAUUGGACCGAAGGUGCUUAUUCAAGAAUUGUGGCGUCGCGACAUUGGUUGGGAUGAGCCAGUGCCUUCGGACCUUCAGCGAGCUUGGGAAGACUUGCGAACAGAAUUGACAAAACUUGAAUCGUUGCAGGUCCCAAGGUUAGUUAUCUGUAGUUCUCCUAGUAGAAUAGAACUUCACUCAUUCUCUGAUGCGUCUAUUUCAGCUCACGGUGCCUGCCUAUAUCUCAGAUCUAUUAGUUGUGACGGGCAAAUAGAAGUCAAGUUACUAUGCGCGAAGUCUAAAGUUAAUCCUAAUAAACCUAUUACGAUUCCGCGUUUAGAGCUCUUGGGAGCUCUUUUGGCCGCUCGUUUAUCCAAGUCUGUGCUAGAGUCCCUGAGGUGCACUGUCGAUUGCUGCGUUCAUUGGAGCGAUUCCAGUGUUGUUUUGGGUUGGCUACUCACAAAUCCGAACAAAUUAAAAACAUUUGUCGCCAAUCGCGUUGUAGAAAUCUGCGAGACAACUCUGUCAUCGAAUUGGCGUCACGUGCCAACAGAUCAAAAUCCCGCAGACCUUAUCUCACGUGGCACCAAGGCUACCAACCUGCGAGCAUCAACUCUUUGGUGGUCAGGUCCAGAGUUUUUAACAAAAAUUGAUUCCGAAUGGCCCGUCCUGAACAAACAAUCAGAGUGCGAGUUGCCGGAAAUAAAAGCUCACACAACUCAAGUGUCAGAGGCGUUUGUUGAUUUCCAAAGAUUUUCUAACUUCAUGAGGCUCAAAAGAUCAUUCGCUUACUUAUUGCGUUUUGUUCAUAAUACGAGAUUUCCUAAAAGUAAAAGAAACGGUCCUCUGACAGUUGACGAGUUGAGCCUAGCAUUAAUUUAUCUUUGUAAAUUUGCUCAAAUCCAAUCGUUUUUCGAAGAAGUUAAUGCAUUAUCAAGUAAACGCGACAUCUCAGCAAAAAGUACCCUCCUAGCGCUUACGCCUUUCCUAGAUGAACAAAAUGUUAUGCGUGUUGGUGGUAGACUUGAAUGUUCAAAUUAUAGUUACGACAAGAAACAUCCUAUCUUACUGCAUUCAAGGCAUCAUUUGACAUACUUAAUAUUUCAAUACGAGCACUUUAAACAGAUGCAUGCAGGACCUCAACUAUUGCUAUACGUGGUUCGGAACUACGUGUGGCCUAUAGGCGGUCGAAACCUAGCGCGUCGUGUCGUGCGUAGCUGUAUAACGUGCAAGCGUCUCAAAGGAAAAACUGCAAUGCCAAUGAUGGGUCAUCUCCCAUCGCAACGCACCACACCAGCAUUUCCUUUCCAGACUUUAGGCGUGGAUUUCGGGGGCCCGUUCACCAUUUUGAAUAGAAAGGGUCGUGGGGCUAAAGCAUCCAAAUGUUAUUUGUGUCUGUUUAUUUGCUUCAGGUAUAAGUGCGUACACUUGGAAGCAGUGACGGAAUUGACUAAAGAGGCGUACAUAAUGACCUUACGUAGGCUAAUAGCCAGGCGUGGAAAACCUGGGGAGAUUUUUAGUGAUAAUGGCCGAAAUUUUAUCGCAGCAUCCAAAGAAAUAGCCAAUUUCUUAAAAGAGGCACCGAAUUUUCUCUCUGACUUUGCGGCUAUCGAGCAAAUAAAAUUUCACUUCAUUCCAGCUUACGCUCCUCACUUUGGAGGCCUAUGGGAAGCUGGUAUCAAGUCAGCUAAGCACCACAUAAAGCGCGUUAUGGGCAAUACCAAUUUAACGUAUGAGGAAUUGUCUACUUUGUUCGCACAGGUGGAAGCUAUUCUAAUAGCC